ACAAACGAGACCUAAACUGUGUCACAUGAUCUCAAAAUGGCAGCUGACGAUACAGACGAAAAUUUACUGGAUUCUCAAUCAAAGAUGUCAAAAUCCAAGCUUCCAGAAGGAAAAACACAAGAUACAUUGUCACACCUGAAGCCAAGUGGUUUUGGCUGUCGUCAUGUCAUUGUAUUGAUGAGCAUGUUGGCUCAGGUCAACCAGUAUGCAUUGCGAGUGAACCUAAGUGUUGCCCUUGUUGCUAUGGUAAACCAAACAGCCGUCAGAUCUCCAAACAAGAAUUCAUCCCAAGAAUGCUUGGUGAAUUCAAGCAAUCAUACAGCUGGGUCAAAUUCAUCUGCCGAUAUUUCAAAGGACGGCGAGUUCAGUUGGGACGCAGAGACACAGGGCAUCAUCCUGGGAGCAUUCUUCUAUGGUUAUUGUGUCACUCAAAUACUCGGUGGUUGGCUGGCCGAUCGAUUCGGUGCUAAACACGUAAUAGGCUCAGGACUUCUCAUCACUGCGGUGCUCACCUUAUUAACUCCAACAGCAGCUAGAAUAGAUAAGAAUCUGUUGAUUGCUGUGAGAGUGGCAGAAGGCUGUGCUGAGGGCUUGGCCUACCCAGCAGUUUUUUCCAUCCUUGGAAAAUGGCUGCCACCUUUAGAAGUCUCCAAGUAUGCUAGUUUUGUCUCGGCUGGAAGCAAUUUAGGGAGUGUGAUUGCGAUGGCUGCAUCUGGUGCUUUGUGUCAGUCAAACUUCCUUGGAGGCUGGCCGUCGGUAUUUUAUUUGUUUGGUGGUUUAGCUUGUGUGUGGUACAUCUUUUGGCUUGUUUCAGGUGGUUUAGCUUGUGUGUGGUACAUCUUUUGGCUUGUUUCAGGUGGUUUAGCUUGUGUGUGGUACAUCUUUUGGCUUGUUUCAGGUGGUUUAGCUUGUGUGUGGUACAUCUUUUGGCUUGUUUCAGGUGGUUUAGCUUGUGUGUGGUACAUCUUUUGGCUGUUUCUUGUAUUCAGUGAACCCAACACCCAUCCCAGGAUCUCUAUUGAAGAGAAGACCUUCAUCAAUACAGCUUUACUCAGGACAGGGAAGGAGACGAGGCGCUCAUUACCAUGGAAGGCUGUCAUCAGAAGCAUGCCCGUGUGGGCACUGAUCGUGGGAACUUCCUUCGCCUACUUCCAGUUUUAUACCUUAUUCACUAGUUUACCAACAUAUUUUGAAGAAAUUCUUCUAUUUGAUAUCAAUGAGAAUGGCUACCUCUCAGCACUGCCCUCUGUUGUAUCUGGGAUUGUUUCACUCUUUGCUGGCUAUACGGCAGAUCUUCUCCGGGAGCACCAUGUCUUAUCCACGGUGGCAGUCAGAAGAAUUUACUCAGCAAUCGGUAUGCUUGUCCCAAGUGGUUUUCUCCUCGCAGUGGGUUACGCUGGCUGCUACUCUACUGCUGCUGUUGUCCUCAUGACAGCAUCAUAUGCAUUCGGUGGCUUCACAAACGGAGGCAGAGAAGUGAAUGUCUUGGAUUUUGCUCCGUAUUUUGCAGGCUCCAUCUAUGGUAUUAUGAACACAGUCUCCACCAUCCCUGGGUUCAUCGGGCCGUACUUGGUUGGUUAUUUUACAGAGGAAAAGCAAACCAUCGGUCAGUGGAUGAAAGUUUUCUACAUUGAAGUAGCGAUCACCGUAGUUGGAUGUCUCUUCUAUGUGAUAUUUGCCAGCGGUGAGCGACAAACCUGGGAUAUCGGACAAGACAAGAUCAAAACAAGUGACGAGACACGUGGCUUGUUACAAAAAGAUGAUUUGGAGCCGAUUGUGAAUUCAGUCAAUGCUUAGAUGGCUCUUGUAAGUUCCUGAUGUGUUCCAGAUAUCAGAAUAUCUGGCCAGCCUGGACUUGUCUAUGAAGAGUACGGGAUGUUUAUUGAUUCUGACCGGGUAUUUAAUUUGUGUUGUGAUUAUUAAGUGAUAUUCAUACUGCAUAACAUUUCAUGGGACCUUUUUUAUAAGAGGAAAAAGAUAGAUGAUAUAUACAAUGUAUUUUACAUGCAUGUAAGUAAGUCGGAGCAAAGACAAUUGCAGUGUCUUCCUGUCCACCUCGUGUCUUCCUGUCUACCUCGUGUCUUCCUGUCUACCUCGUGUCUUCCUGUCCACCUCGUGUCUUCCUGUCCACCUCGUGUCUUCC